AUGGGCGACGAAAAACAAGAAAAACACACCGAAUCAACUACCGUACCAACGAUCGUCGCGGAGCCCGAUACUACAUUUUCGCGCUACCAAAUUGACGAAUUUAAGAAGUCAAGGAAGAAACAGAUUCCAUAUGAAAAACUUGAUUUCACCAUCUAUAAACCAUCUGGCAAUAUGACAGCUUUUUGGACAUCAGAAGAGAGACUGAUAUUAUGGAUUGAAACAUUUUAUUUUCGAUACUCUACCGGCUUGAAAGAAAACACGAGGCUCAGUGCUCGAUGGGAAGAGCAAGAGGUUGCGAAUGACCCAUCAAAAUGUGAGAAAAUUAUACUGAAUAUAUCAUAUUCUGGAAGUCAUUCGAAGGAAAGCAUAAUAACAAUAACUGUUUAUGUUAGCACCGGGCGAAUACAAAUUCAAGGGAAAUUUUUAAACGAAUGGGGCAACACAGAAUUCGACACGCUACUCAAGAUUAUUGAUUCCGGAAUUAAAAUUAACUUGGAAACAUCUCGACAGUCCCUCGAGCAUUUCAUCAACGAAGUCAUGAAGGAAAAUGAAAAUACCAAAAAACCCAAAACCAUAAACUCGACAACCGAAAUCCCAUCUACCUGUAACGAAGCACAAGCCCCACAUACACCAAAACAGUCUAACACAAAUGAACAAGACUCAAUAAUGACACCACGUGAGAAAUCUUUUAGCACAUUCAAAACACAAGUGGCAUGCUUAGAGUCUGAUGUUGUUCAAUUUACACAAGACAUUACAAAAUCUAUGGAAGAAAUUAUAGAAUCCAUUCAGAAAAAAGAUAACAAUCUUAUAAUGAUGCAAGAAAAAAUUGAAAAAUCAGAACUGAAUGCAAAAUUAAUGAAACAAUCAAUUAGCGAUUUAACACUAAAACAAUAUGAGCAGGAAGAAGAAAUUGGAAAACUUAGACACACGAUCAAGAACCAACAACAUGAAAUCCAACAUUUGAAAACAAAGUUAUCAACCAUUACUGAACACCGACAAUCAAAACCCGACAGCCUCCCAAAUGAGCUCUCAAAUGAUCAACCCCCAACGAUAGCCGAAGAACAACACAAUUCUUCCCCAUCAGCUCCUCCAACACAACAGAUAUCUUGUUCCUUACCAACCGACAAUCCUUUUUCCAUUCUUACCGACGAGGCUGAACCUGAUGGACCCACGCCGGAAAAUGUUAACUCCGCUGAUCAUCCAAAAGAAAGUACUAAAUACCAGAAUUCAGAUAUGAAAACCUAUACCAAUGAAACAAUAAUCAUGUGUGAUUCAAAUGGUCGAAUGUUAAACACCAGACGUUUAUGCCCUGAUUCAUCAUGUUCAUAUAUAAGAUGCCCAACACUCCUGCAGGCCAAAGAAAUUAUUGAUACUGCUAUAUUCACCGAGCCAAAAACUAUAAUAUUACAUUGUGGAACAAAUGACAUGGAGAAAUCGGAAGAAAAUUCUAAAAUUUAUUCGGACAUGUUAAAUGUUGUAGACACAACUACAAAGAAAUACCCAGAGUGCAAAAUUAUCUUGUCCUCAAUUCUCCCAAGGAUGGGUGAUCACCAUAAUCGUAUAAAUGAAAUCAAUAAGAAAAUCAAAGAGGAAUGUUCAAAGAAACCCAAUCGUCUACUUUGUCGCCCAUAA